GUCAUCACUGAUCACUUCACCAAAUAUGCCCUUGCCAUACCCCACCCCAAAUCAAAAAGCUAAAACAGUUGCAAAAGCUCUCUGGGACAAUUUUUUUGUACAUUACGGUUUCCCUGAAAAAAUACACAGCGAUCAAGGACCAGAUUUUGAAUCCAAAACAAUCAAAGAACUCUGUACACUGGCUGGAAUCACCAAAACCAGAACAACUCCAUAUCACCCACGCAGCAAUCCAGUUGAAAGAUUUAAUCGAACUUUACUUGACAUGCUCGGAACCCUAACAGUACAAGAAAAAACCCACUGGAAGGACUUUGUAAAGCCACUUGUCCAUGCGUACAAUUGUACACAAAAUGAUACCACCGGCUUCACACCAUACGAGUUAAUGUUUGGUCGACAACCACGACUUCCAAUAGACCUUGUUUUCGGUUUACCAGUCAUCAAACCUUCCUUGAAUCACUCAGAAUAUGUCCAAAAACUGAAAUCUACAUUGAAAAAGAGCUACCAACUGGCAGCUGAAAAUGCAGAAAAAAAUCAUGCAAAAAAACAAAACACGUUUUGAUACAAACAUCAAAGCAUCUACACUCGAUGUUGGGGAUCGUGUUCUUGUGCGAAAUGUCAAGUUGAGGGGGAAACACAAAAUCGCGGAUAAAUGGGAGUCUCAGGUGUAUGUGGUGGUAAAGAAGUCAGGCAACUUACCAGUUUAUACUGUGAAACCUGAGGAUGCAGAAAAGCCACUAAGAACUCUGCAUCGAGACUUGCUUUUACCUUGUGGCUGCAUACCUGUUACCUCCAAUGUACAGCCUGUGCCUGUGGCAAAACCUGUAACACCUCCUUUACCACCUGAAGAUUCUGACAUUGAUCAUUCCUCUGACGAUGAACAGAUUGCAAGAUGGUACCCUGAACCUGUUACUGAACCAGUUCGAUUUUCUACCACUGUGACACUUCCCAGUUCACCUGAAAUCUUUGCUCCAACCAGUUCCGAAAAUCUUGAUCCGCAACCACCUGAAACAUUAGAACACGAACCUCUAGGAAGCCCUGAACCUGCUUUGUUGCCAGAACUGUCUAUACAUUCCGAUCCGGUGCAUGACAUUGAUGAGGCUGCUCAACCUGAACCUGAAAUUGACAGCAGCUUACACGAACCUAACUCUGACUUGUCAUCACCUGUCGACGAAACAGAACAACGUCCCACUAGAACCAGACGACCACCAGACAGAUUUCAAUAUCAGCAAUUGGGCCAGCCAAUUCUGAAAAGCAUGCAAACGAUCUUCGAAGGACUUGGAAAGGCUCUGUUUCUGGCAGUGACAGAUCACGACAUCUCGUCCUCUGGCCAACCAUCAGCCCAUGUACAGGGACGUACAUGAGGUCAGGGGGGGACCCUGUAGCCCACGUCUCAUAUACUGCCCAUUCAAUCACUCUGCCAUCCAAUACCAUCAUUUCACUCGCUCUGCCACAAGAGGCGCUGUGUUUAAAUGUCGCCGCGGCAUCUUGUCACUCACUUCCUGCUCCGGCUUGGACUGGCAGAAACGACAGAAACACCGCUCAAUAAACUCAUCAAAUCACAACUGAAAAUUGCCAAACUCAAUGGUCAGGUUUUUUUCCCCCUCCCAAAAUCAAUGAUUCCUCUACUCCAGAGGUGGCGAGCUAUAUCUGAACCUACAGACCUGGUAGGAUUGUUUUUUUUCCCCUCCUCCCUUCUCCUCCUAAGUUGGAUUAUGAACUUUUAAAACAAAAGGAAUAAACAUUUGCGUUUCGUUUUGCAUCUCCAAACAAAGGAAUGAACAUUUGCGUUUGCGUUUGCGUCUCCACAAGCAUUGAACUUUUUGCGUUUGCGUUCCCAAGGAAACUUUAAAAAAAAAAAGGAUUUCGAAGUAAAAAACUGAGAGAAACCAAGGAUUUGCGUUCAGACAAAAGAACAAAGCAAAGGACAUUUAAAAAGAAGUCUUAUUUGUGUUAUUGUGUGGUCUUUUGCCACAAUUUUUGUUAUUCAUUGUACAAUAUUAAUAUAAUUAUCUUUAAAUCAGA